CAGUCACGUGAGGCAGAGCGACCACGUGACGGUGCGCGUCACGUGACCGGGUAGAGGCGUGGCUGUAGCGGCUGAUCGACUCUUAGCUUCCGUUAGCACGAGCAGUGUUGUCAUCAAGUCUGCUAACUCCGGCUAACUAUCAUCAUCACCAUAUACUUCAUCAAAUACUUCACAAUAUACUUCAUCAUCUUCUUCAUCACUGUAGUACCUCUUCUUCACUGGCUGCGUGUCCUAAGAUGACGCAACUAUGGGCGCCAAGGAGUCGAGGAUUGGAUUCUUGUCGUACGACGAGGCCGUCAAGAGAGUGACAGAUGUGGAGGUGAAGAGACUGAGAGAUGCCUUCAAGAGAACCAGCGGCGUGUCCUUCUUCAUGACUCAGCAGUGCUUCUACAAGGAAGUACUGGGAGAUGGAGUACCACUCAAAGUUGCAGAAGUGAUCUACUCAUCAUUCGGAGGUACGACUAAAGGACUUCACUUCAACAACCUUGUGGUCGGUCUGGUGCUGCUCACACGAGGACGAGAUGAAGAGAAAGCAAAGUAUCUCUUCAGUCUGUUCAGCAGUGAUCCAGGAGGAUCUGCUGCCAGGGAGGACAUGGAGGCGGUUCUGCAGGUCCUGGACGGAGAAGUUCCACCCUCGCUGAGGAAGUGCUUUAGUGAGGGAGACAAGGUGAACUAUGAGCACUUCAGAGACUGGCUGCUACACCACAAAGAAGCCUUCACCUUGUCAAGAUGGCUGCUGUCUGCAGGAGUUUGUGUCACUCUGACUGAUGACAGUGACACGCCCACCUUCUACCAGACUCUGGCUGGUGUCACACACUUGGAGGAAAGUGAUAUCAUCGACUUGGAGAAACGAUACUGGCUGCUGAAAGCUCAAUCGAGAACAGGACGCUUCGACGUGGAGACCUUCAUCCCUCUGGUGUCUCCUCCUCUGCACACCUCCAUAUGUGAAGGUUUGUUCCACGCCUUCGAUGAGAACCGAGACAACCACAUCGACUUCAAGGAGAUCUCCUGUGGCCUGUCAGCCUGCUGCAGGGGUCCUGUUGCUGAGCGCCAGAAGUUCUGCUUCAAAGUCUUUGAUGUGGACCAGGAUGGAGUCCUGUCCCGAGAAGAAGUCCAUCAGAUGGUGGCGGCCCUGCUGGAGGUGUGGAAGGACAAUCGCACCGACACGCUCCCUGAGCUCCACAGUUGUGCAUCAGAUAUUGUGAACAACAUCUUCAACGUGCACGACACAAACAAACUGGGCUGCCUGACCUUAGAAGAAUAUCAAAUCUGGAGUGUGAACAAUCUUCUGGCUUCUGAGUUCUUAAAUCUUCUCUUCCAGGUUUGCCACAUCGUGUUGGGACUCAGACCUGCGUCUCCUGAAGAGGAGGGACUAAUCAUCAGGGGUUGGCUGGAGAGAGAGAAGAGACAAGGACUGCAGCACCAACACACCUGGUUCAUCAUGUCCUCUCUCUGGUGGCAGCAGUGGAAGGACUACACUCAUUAUGAGCCAAAGAGCCUCGGCGUGGAGCAAGGAUCCAUCCUGACCUCUGCUGCAGACCUUGGUUGGUCAGAGGCCACACACAUUGCCAACGCUCACAUGUCCCAGCAGGCGGCACAAAGACCAGCAGCCAUUGACAACCAAGGUCUGGUUGCAAGUGAGCCUGCUAAGGCGCCAACGUUGACCUUGGAGGGCGGGCGGCUGAAGCGCUGCUUGAAGAAGGAUGAAGACUUCACCAUGGUGCCAGAACCCGUGUGGCGGGCACUUUACCACUGGUAUGGUGCCAACCUCAGUCUGCCACGACCAGUCAUCAUGGACAGCAAGACAGGCCAGGCAGAACUGGAGCUGUUCCCUUGCUACCUCCUCUUCCUCCGCCACCAGACCGCCACACGCUCCUCCUCUCAGACCAACAUCUGGCUCAGUAUGGGCAACGUGCCAUCCCCAAACCUUCCCCUGAAGCGAGUGUUGGUGUACAGCGCCUGCUUCAGCCGCAUGGCCACCAUCAAGGACAUCCACCUGUACCUGUGCCAGAGACUUGGCAUCAAGGAGGAAACUGUCCGACUGUGGUUGUUUAUCAGCGAGAACUACCUCACUCUCCUGGACGAUGAAGAUCACACACUUGAAAGUUUGAAGAUCCAGGAUGAGCAGCAGCUGGUUAUUGAAAUCAGGAACAAAGACAUGAGCUGGCCUGAAGAAAUGUCCUUCAUUACCAACAGCAGCAAGAUGGAAAGACAUAAAGUUCCCACAGAGAAAGGAGCAACAGGUCUCAGUAACCUUGGCAACACGUGUUUCAUGAACUCCAGUAUUCAGUGUGUGAGCAACACCCGACCUCUCACUGACUACUUCACCUCUGGGAGACACCUGUAUGAACUCAACAGAUCCAACCCCAUCGGUAUGCGAGGUCACAUGGCCAAAUGUUACGGUGAUCUGGUCCUGGAGCUGUGGAGCGGAACCCAGAAGAACAUAGCACCCCUCAAACUCAGGUGGACCAUAGCCAAGUAUGCUCCUCGCUUCAAUGGCUUCCAGCAGCAGGACUCCCAGGAGCUGCUGGCCUUCCUGCUGGAUGGUCUGCAUGAAGACCUGAACAGAGUCCAUGAGAAGCCCUACGUGGAGCUGAAGGACAGCGAUGGUCGUCCUGACUGGGAAGUGGCGUCUGAGGCCUGGGAGAACCACCUGCGCAGGAACCGCUCCAUCGUGGUGGACCUGUUCCACGGUCAGCUGAAGUCCCAAGUCAAGUGCAAGACCUGUGGUCACAUCAGCUCCCGUUUCGACCCCUUCAACUUCCUGUCGCUGCCUCUGCCCAUGGACAGCUCCAUGCACCUGGAGAUCACUGUCAUCAAACUGGAAGGCUCCAUUCCUGUGCGCUACGGUCUAAGGUUGAACAUGGACGAGAAGUACACCGGACUCAAGAAGCUGCUGAGUGAACUCUGUGACCUGAAGCCUGAACAGAUUCUUCUGGCUGAGGUCCAUGGUGCCAACAUUAAGAACUUCCCUCAGGAUCACCAGAAGGUGCGUCUGACUGUCAGCACCUUCUUGUGUGCCUUUGAGAUCCCAGUGCCAGGCUCGCCAACGUCUCUACACUCACCUCACCUGCCAGACUGCAGCACUGUAGCUACAUGUAGCACCGGCCUCCACCCUGAACCUCCUUUCACCUGCCAUGAGGAGGCAGUCACCAUGGAAACGCCCCUCGUGAAUGGACUGACCAACGGACACAGGCAUGAAAGUGCUGUCACCGGUUACAUCAUCGCCAUGCACAGAAAGAUGAUGCGCACAGAACUUUACUUCCUGUCGUCCCAGAAGAACCGUCCCAGUCUGUUUGGCAUGCCUCUGAUAGUUCCCUGCACUGUGCAUACCACCAAGAAGAACCUCUAUGACGCCGUCUGGAGGCAAGUGUCCAGGCUGGUCAGUCCACUGCCCCCGCAGGACUCCAGCAACCACGCCCAGGACUGUGACGACAGUCUGGGAUACCAGUACCCUUUCACUCUGCGGGUGGUGGACAAAGAUGGUACCUCCUGUGCAUUGUGUCCCUGGUACAGGUUCUGCCGAGGCUGCAUGAUCGCCUGUAGUGAAGAAGAAGUUUCUCUGGGUACUUCCUACAUUUCUGUGGACUGGGACCCAACUGCUCUGCACCUCAGAUACCAGACUUCACAGGAGAGGGUGGUGGAGGAGCACUGCAGUGUAGAUUUGUCACGUCGCUGCCAGGCAGAACCCAUCAGUCUACAAAGUUGUUUGAAGGCGUUCACCAGCGAGGAGGAGCUGGGAGAAGACGAGCUCUACUUCUGUUCCAAGUGCAAGAACCAUCGACUGGCCACCAAGAAGUUGGACCUCUGGAGGCUUCCGCCUAUUCUGAUCGUCCACCUGAAGCGCUUCCACUUUGUCAAUGGUCGUUGGAUCAAAUCCCAAAAGAUCGUCAAGUUCCCGAUGGAGGACUUUGACCCCAGCACCUUCUUGGUUCCUAAAGACCUUGACCAGCGCUUGCUUCCUUCCCACUCUUCUUCUACCUUCAGCAAAAAGUUCCCAUCUUCCCUGAGUGGGAGCAGUAGCCCCAAGGCGAGCGCUGGAGACAUCAAGCUAUGUCCACAUGCGUCCCACCUGAGUAGCACACCUGGCCCCCCCAAGAGCACGGAGUACCAGCAGGAAUGUGCUGAGGCUCAGCCACAGGGACACAGGAUGCAGGGGGACACCUGCAGGGCUCCACUUGGAGGGGAGGAGCACUUGGAACAGCCAGAUGAGUCAGUGGUAGCGUAUUCUAUGGUGCCCGCAAGGCACACCGAUGACGUCAUGGCCCCCCACACUGAUGACGUCAUGGCCCCCCACACUGAUGACAUCAUGGUCCCCCACACGGAUGGCGUCAUGGCCCCCCACACUGACGACGUCAUGGCCCCCCACACUGAUGACGUCAUGGCCUCCCACACCGAUGACGUCAUGGUCCCCCACACCGAUGACGUCAUGGCCCCCCACACUGAUGACGUCAUGGUCCCCCACACUGAUGACGUCAUGGCCCCCCACACUGAUGACGUCAUGAUCCCCCACACUGAUGACGUCAUGGCCCCCCACACUGAUGACGUCAUGGUCCCCCACACUGAUGACGUCAUGGCCCCCCACACUGAUGACAUCAUGGUCCCCCACACAGAUGGCGUCAUGGCCCCCCACACUGACGACGUCAUGGCCCCCCAGACUGAUGACGUCAUGGUCCCCCACACUGAUGACAUCAUGGCCCCCCACACUGACGACGUCAUGGCCCCCCACACUGAUGACGUCAUGGUCGCCCACACUGAUGACAUCAUGGCCCCCCACACUGAUGACGUCAUGGCCCCCCACACUGAUGGCGUCAUGGUAAACGGCGUGAACUCUGACUGCAACACUGGGCUCUCGUGCCAAGAAAAGAAGUGUUUGGAGUCCAUCUACAAGCUCUAUGCAAUAUCAUGCCACUCAGGAAUCAUGGGCGGGGGCCACUAUGUCACUUACGCCAAAAACCCCAAUGGCAAGUGGUACUGUUACAAUGACAGCAGUUGUAAGGAAGUACAUUCUGCGGAGAUUGACACUGACUCGGCGUACAUCCUCUUCUACGAGCAACAGGAAGUCAACUACUCCCACUUCCUGCCAAGGACUGACGGCAAGAAGAUGGCCGACACCAGUAGCAUGGAUGAAGACUUUGAGUCGGACUACAAGAAAUAUUGUGUCCUCCAGUGAUCCACUUGGUCUUCUAAGUAGCAGGUGGACUGUAGAGAAUGACUAAGUAUUAUUCUGAUCAUGCAUUAUACUGUAAAGAAUGACUAAGUAGUACUCUGAUCGUGCAUUAUACUGUAAAGAAUGACUAAGUAUUAUUCUGAUCAUGCAUUAUACUGUAGAGAAUGACUAAGUAGUACUCUGAUCAUGCAUUAUACUGUAAAGAAUGACUAAGUAGUACUCUGAUCGUGCAUAAUACUGUAAAGAAUGACUAAGUAGUACUCUGAUUGUGCAUAAUAUUGUAAAGAAUGACUAAGUAGUACUCUGAUAAUGUACAUUAUUGUAAAAAAUGACAAAGUAGUACUCUGAUCAUGCAUAAUAUUGUAAAGAAUGACUAAGUAGUACUCUCAUCAUGUUCAAUACUGUAAAGAAUGACAAAGUAUUACUCUGAUCAUGCGUAAUAUUGUAAAGAAUGACAAAGUAUUACUCUGAUCAUGCAUAAUAUUGUAAAGAAUGACAAAGUAUUACUCUGAUCAUGCAUAAUAUUGUAAAGAAUGACUAAGUAGUACUCUCAUCAUGUUCAAUACUGUAAAGAAUGACUAAGUAUUACUCUGAUCAUGCAUAAUAUUGUAAAGAAUGACAAAGUAUUACUCUGAUCAUGCAUAAUAUUGUAAAGAAUGACAAAGUAUUACUCUGAUCAUGCAUAAUAUUGUAAAGAAUGACAAAGUAUUACUCUGAUCAUGUUCAAUAUUGUAAAGAAUGACUAAUUAUUACUCUGAUCAUUUCUCCUUCUGCUUGAUUGGAAGGAAAUAACCUUUUCAAGAAGAAGUGACAACACUGGACUCUGAGCGCACUUUGCCAACACCUUUAGCCCCGCCCCCUGACAUUGGUACUCCCCAAAUGUACUUGGUGACUCUGAAUUAUGUACAUACUUCUUAUGUGUACUUGGUGACUCUGAAUUAUGUACAUACUUCUUCUGUGUACUUGGUGACUCUGAAUUAUGUACAUACUUCUUCUGUGUACUUGGUGACUCUGAAUUAUGUACAUACUUCUUCUGUGUACUUGGUGACCCUGAACUAAGUACAUACUUCUUCUGUGUACUUGGUGACUCUGAAUUAUGUACAUACUUCUUCUGUGUACUUGGUGACCCUGAACUAAGUACAUACUUCUUCUAUGUACUUGGUGACUCUGAAUUAUGUACAUACUUCUUCUGUGUACUUGGUGACUCUGAACUAUGUACAUACUUCUUCUGUGUACUUGGUGACUCUGAAUAAUGUACAUACUUCUUCUGUGUACUUGGUGACUCUGAACUAUGUACAUACUUCUUCUGUGUACUUGGUGACUCUGAAUAAUGUACAUACUUCUUCUGUGUACUUGGUGACUCUGAACUAUGUACAUACUUCUUCUGUGUACUUGGUGACUCUGAAUAAUGUACAUACUUCUUCUGUGUACUUGGUGACCCUGAAUAAUGUUCAUACUUCUUCUGUGUACUUGGUGACUCUGAAUUAUGUACAUACUUCUUCUGUGUACUUGGUGACUGAACUAUGUACAUACUUCUUCUGUGUACUUGGUGACUCUGAACUAUGUACAUACUUCUUCUGUGUACUUGGUGACUGAACUAUGUACAUACUUCUUCUGUGUACUUGGUGACUCUGAACUAUGUACAUACUUCUUCUGUGUACUUGGUGACUCUGAAUAAUGUACAUACUUCUUCUGUGUACUUGGUGACUCUGAACUAUGUACAUACUUCUUCUGUGUACUUGGUGACUCUGAAUAAUGUACAUACUUCUUCUGUGUACUUGGUGACCCUGAAUAAUGUUCAUACUUCUUCUGUGUACUUGGUGACUCUGAAUGAUGUACAUACUUCUUCUGUGUACUUGGUGACUCUGAAUUAUGUACAUACUUCUUCUGUGUACUUGGUGACUCUGAACUAUGUACAUACUUCUGUGUACUUGGUGACUCUGAAUUAUGUACAUACUUCUUCUGUGUACUUGGUGACUCUGAACUAUGUACAUACUUCUUCUGUGUACUUGGUGACUCUGAACUAUGUACAUACUUCUUCUGUGUACUUGCUGACUGAACUAUGUACAUACUUCUUCUGUGUACUUGGUGACUCUGAAUAAUGUACAUACUUCUUCUGUGUACUUGGUGACCCUGAAUAAUGUACAUACUUCUUCUGUGUACUUGGUGACUCUGAACUAUGUACAUACUUCUUCUGUGUACUUGGUGACUGAAUUAUGUACAUACUUCUUCUGUGUACUUGGUGACUCUGAAUUAUGUACAUACUUCUUCUGUGUACUUGGUGACUCUGAACUAUGUACAUACUUCUUCUGUGUACUUGGUGACUCUGAACUAUGUACAUACUCCUUCUGUGUACUUGGUGACUCUGAACUAUGUACAUACUUCUUCUGUGUACUUGGUGACUCUGAAUAAUGUACAUACUUCUUCUGUGUACUUGGUGACUCUGAAGUAUGUACAUACUUCCUCUGUGUACUUGGUGACUCUGAACUAUGUACAUACUUCUUCUGUGUACUUGGUGACUGAAUUAUGUACAUACUUCUUCUGUGUACUUGGUGACUCUGAAUAAUGUACAUACUUCUUCUGUGUACUUGGUGACUCUGAAGUAUGUACAUACUUCUUCUGUGUACUUGGUGACUCUGAACUAUGUACAUACUUCUUAUGUGUACUUGGUGACUCUGAACUAUGUACAUACUUCUUCUGUGUACUUGGUGACUCUGAAUUAUGUACAUACUUCUUCUGUGUACUUGGUGACUCUGAAUAAUGUACAUACUUCUUCUGUGUACUUGGUGACUCUGAAUUAUGUACAUACUUCUUCUGUGUACUUGGUGACUCUGAAUAAUGUACAUACUUCUUCUGUGUACUUGGUGACCCUGAACUAUGUUCAUACUUCUUCUGUGUACUUGGUGACUCUGAAGUAUGUACAUACUUCUUCUGUGUACUUGGUGACUCUGAACUAUGUACAUACUUCUUCUGUGUACUUGGUGACUCUGAACUAUGUACAUACUUCUUCUGUGUACUUGGUGACUCUGAACUAUGUACAUACUUCUUCUGUGUACUUGGUGACCCUGAAUAAUGUACAUACUUCUUCUGUGUACUUGGUGACUCUGAACUAUGUAGAUACUUCUUCUGUGUACUUGGUGACUCUGAACUAUGUACAUACUUCUACUGUGUACUUGGUGACUCUGAAGUAUGUACAUACUUCUUCUGUGUACUUGGUGACUCUGAACUAUGUACAUACUCCUUCUGUGUACUUGGUGACUCUGAAGUAUGUACAUACUUCUUCUGUGUACUUGGUGACCCUGAACUAUGUACAUACUUCUUCUGUGUACUUGUGUGGCUCAUUGGCAGCCAAAAGGGAGAAAAGAGAAACAAAGACUUCAAAAUGGAAGUGACUCCAAA